GUCAUUAUUCUGCACUACAAGCCUAAUGCACUGGGUAAAAUGUUUACUGAGAGAUCUUAGAACUUACUUUAAAACAAUAUGGAUAUUUCUGGCACCGCUGCUACUACUUCCCUUGGCUUUGCUCACUGGAAGAGAAGGAAAAUGUGCGUACUGUAUUCUCGUUAUGUCAUGCUACUGGGUAGCUGAAGUGGUGCCACUAGCAGUGACAGCACUUCUUCCUGUAGUAAUUAUGCCAAUGCUUGGCGUGGUACCUAUCAAAAACGUUGCUAGAGCUUAUCUUAGUGAAACAAAUAUGAUGUUCGUCAGCAGUUUGAUGCUGUCACUAGCUGUAGAAGAAUGUCAAUUACAUAAACGAUUUGCUCUAAAAAUGCUUACUCUUGUUGGAGCAAGACCUCAAUGGUUGAUGGCUGGGUUCAUGUUUAUAACGACGUUCAUAUCUAUGUGGAUAUCAGACGCCGCUUGUGCAGCACUGAUGUCACCGAUAGCUUUCGCGCUUUUGGAGUCUAUGAUGAUUAAUAAGAUGGCACCACUCAAAAAUUGGUCAAACAGUGCAAAUGGUUCAGCAUUGCAAGAUGAUGGUUAUCAAGAAGAUAGAUGCAAGCCAGAAAGGCUGGACUUUUCAAAAUUGUCUAAGAGAGACCGAGGUAUCUGUAAAAGUCUGAUGCUCAUUGUUGCUCAUGCUUCUCUGAUUGGUGGCACUGCCACGCUCAACUCGACACCACCAAAUCUUAUCUUCAAAUCUACUCUUGAAGAAUAUUUCCCCGGAGAAAACACCGGUAUCAGCUACCCCUCAUGGAUGGCUUUUGCGAUACCGCCGAUGAUCCUCUGCAUGAUAGCAUCAUGGUUGAUUACUCAGUUGCAAUUUGUCGGAUUUCGCCAUGUCUUAAGACUAUUCGCUAAACCUACCGAUGAAGAAGAAAUUGAUGAGAAGAAUGUAAAGAAAGCAGUAAGCACUGCAUACACUGAACUUGGAAGCAUAACUUUUGCUGAAAUUUCAACGCUAAUUAUAUUCAUAUUGACAAUUCUAUCGUGGAUAACAAGAGAUCCCAAAAUAUUUGACGGAUGGGCAACACUUUUCAAACAGGGGUACAUCACAGAUGCUUGUACUGGAAUAAUUGCUGUAUUUUUAUUAUUCGUGUGGCCAAGAGAAUUGCCCGACUUUUUUUGUCUUCGACCCAAAUCUGAACGCAGACGCCCAGCCAUAAACCGUAAUGCAAUUCUGACCUGGGAUGCAGUGAGGCAACGAUUUCCGUGGUCUGUCAUUUUGCUUCUUGGAUCUGGAUUUGCAAUAGCUGAAAGUGUAAAGGAUAGCGGUUUGUCGGCUUGGUUGGCAUGUCGACUAGAAUCCUUACUUUCAAACCUUCCGCACCCUGCCAUGCAGUUCAUCGUCAGCAUCUCGGCAGUAAUUAUCACAGAAUUUUGUACGAAUACGGCUACAGCUAGUAUCAUUUUACCUAUUGUAUUCGAAGUUUCAAUAAGAAUGAAAGUUCAUCCGCUAUACCUUUCGCUGGCAGCUGCGGUCGGUCCAUCGUAUGCCUUCAUGUUUCCGAUGGCAUCCCCUCCUAAUGCCAUCGUUUACGAUACUGGUGCUAUGAGUAUGCUUGAUAUGGCCUCCUGUGGUAUAUUUCUGAACGUGGCGUGCAUUCUUAUCACUGUUCUGAAUCUGAAUACGUGGUCACAUUGGCUAUUUUCAUUGGGCACCUAUCCAGAAUAUGCACUUCAUCAUAACGUUACUUCUAAUUGCAUGUAA